GCCUCCCUUGAGAGGGACAUGAAUGAGCGUGCACACGAGCUGGCGAAGGAGAGGAAGCUUGCUGAGCGCGCCUUCCUGGACCAGAACCCGGAGGGUGUGCCGCUCAGCGAGCUGCCGCUCGACGAGGACGAGAAGUUCAUGGCGAUGGAGGAGGAGCGCAAGAAGCUGAUUGACGAGGACCCACGCAAGAAUGCACCGAAGAUCGCCUCCCUUGAGAGGGACAUGAAUGAGCGUGCACAUGAGCUGGCGAAGGAGAGGAAGCUUGCUGAGCGCGCCUUCCUGGACCAGAACCCGGAGGGUGUGCCGCUCAGCGAGCUGCCGCUCGACGAGGACGAGAAGUUCAUGGCGAUGGAGGAGGAGCGCAAGAAGCUGAUUGACGAGAACCCACGCAAGAAUGCACCGAAGAUAGCUGCCCUUGGCAAGGACAUGAAUGAGCGUGCACAUGAGCUGGCGAAGGAGAGGAAGCUUGCUGAGCGCGCCUUCCUGGACCAGAACCCGGAGGGUGUGCCGCUCAGCGAGCUGCC